GAGAUCAAAAUUGAGUGUAUCAGAAGUGAGUUCAUUGCCUGUCACCCAAUACCUUCGGCGUAACUGGUAUGUGAUCUUGCAAUAGAUUCACUUAUACUGUCGGGGUCUGCGAGAUCAAUCAUCUAUGGUCAACGAUACUUACAGAGCCUCUUACUAGGGCUUUUACUAUACAAAUAUCGCAAACCUCCCUUAUAUAGCUUCUCUAUAUCAUCAAUUCAAAUUUUACUGAGUAUCGAACGAACAGGACUCUUCUUGAAUUCUUACACAUAGUCGCUUUUUGUUCAAUUAUGUCAAACCAGAUUAGUUUCUCGAAUGAUACUUUGGGUUCUAAUAGCACCAUUUUGACGUCUCAAAUUUGCAUCACAGAUGGAAAUUCAGACAUUUAUGGCCUCGGUAUUCGCAUCGGUUUCUACCUUCAGUGGUAUGCCUCCCUUCUUGCAUCUGCCCCCAGAGGUUCUUUGGGAAAAGUUGCUUCAGGCGAAAUUCAAGGCCUCAUGUUUUCAAUUGUUCUCUUUAGCGUCGCGACAUUUCUGGCUCUAGUCAUCCAAACCUCAACGCUACAACUGGCCGAAGUCUAUAUCAUCCUGCUCUUGGUAGUAGGCUAUCACUAUUACUUCAUACCUAAGAUGUUCAUGGCACUCCUCAGCAGUAUCAAGCAGCUUUUCAGCAAAGGGGAGAAAGAAGAGACAGGGCAAAAGAAGCACCGUGGUUGGGUAUUCAUUCUGCUAGUUGGCUUAUUCUUCUGUGCCAUUUCGUGUUUUCAACUUUGGUUCUGGGGUGGCCACUUCCAGGAUCGAAAUAGAAAAGCUAACACUUGUCCUGAUUUUGGAUUUGGAUUCAUAAGGGUCGAUCUUGAGAACAUUGCGUUUCGUGCUUUCAACAUCACAUAUUGGGUGCUGUUGUUGGUAUUGUCCUUUGGGAUUAUAUGGCAUGCUUGGACUCUCUUCAUCGACAAGAGAAAUGCUUCAAAGAAGAAAUUAACCAAGGAUACUCUUAGCUCGUCAUCCUCAAGCUUGAAAUCCAGCAGUAGCAGCACGAAAUCAUUGAAUGCGAAAAACUCGAUAAGUGACUUCUUGCAGUUUGGGGUUCUUUUCAUUUUUACGACGAUUAUGAUCAUUGCUGUUGAGAAAAGUAUCAUAUGGAAUCAAAUUACUGGAGUAACGACAUUAGCUGGUGCCGGACAGUUAAUACCUUUUCUUAUAGGACUAGGGUCGUUGUUUAGGGUUUGUUAUGUUGGAGUAAAAGGCGAAUGAGCUUUGAAGGGAGUUGUGAGUUGUGAUUAUCCGUCAAAUGAUAGGCAAACGAUGACGCGAAUUCGUGUUGAUGAAUGUUUGAUCAACUAUAGUUACAGCAUGCCCCCGGUGGGAACUUGUAGACAGCAUUGCCUCUGAUAGUCACAAGAAAGAAAUAAUUUCA